GAGGUCCUUUUUAUAGCGUAUCGAAAUGCUACGGUCGCUAGAAUGAGAAGAUCGACACCACGUCACUUGCACUCAUGUUUAGUACACUUUGCUUAUAUGUGGACAAGGCAAGGGCUAUCGGAUCGUACUAGUAAUUGGUACCUUGGGGCCACUGCAUCGUUGAUCGAACCUUGGGGAGAAAGGGAUCAUGAUAGGGACAUGAUGAUGUGAUCCAAUGGUACGAAUGGGGGGUGAAAGCCUUUCCAGAAGUUCUCUGGAAGAAUGACCAAUGGACCACACGUGAAUUCAUUUGCUUUUCAUGGAUUACUGUAAUUAAAUGGAAUUUUUUCAACUAAUUUUUAUCGACAUUAUGCGGGCCGCAUUUUGGUUUGCCUUUGCCAGCAUUUUACUUACGGUUACGUUUGUGGCGAUUGAUUUGCAACUGUAGCUUUUGGGGUGCAUGAACGAUUUAUCGAGCACUGCUGCUGCACUGAACAAAGCAGUGGCAGUUUCCCGCACUGAACCCAGGAAUGAGCCGGUUGGGCCAAAGGCAAGGACAUUGGUGGCGUGUGAUGCUUGUCAUCGGAGAAAGCUCAAGUGCGAUGGCCAAUCUCCCUGUUCCCGUUGCUUCCGAUCCAAUGUGCCAUGUACAUGGGAACCUUCUCGGGUUAAGCAAGUGGCAGAUAGAUUUGUCAUCGGCAAGCAUGCGCCGCGUUGUCCGUUGUCUGUAUCAACGGCCACUGCUGGAUCUGCUACAGAGUUAAAGGGGUCUACUGUGGCCGACUACCAUCGACAAUUGGAACAGAAAGUUGUAGACCUCGAAGCAGAAAUUGCUGUGAGGAACGAACAAGAUAUCCAGUACAAACCGGUCAAAAGCCAGGGCCCAUUGUUGCGCAUCGUCGACGAACAACCAUUCCAAGUGCCCAAUCUUGGUCAGCGUGGGAACGGAUGGACAUUGUUUGAUUCUCUCGUGUCCCGCGAACCGGAUCCGCAUAUGGUACCUCGGCAUCACAUUUCUCGCCCAGCCGAGAUGGUGUACGGAACGAUUUUGAACCGUUUGCCUGUAUCAGACUCUCAACCAGCCGGGCAGGGCUUGACCGUUCAAGGGGCGUUAUCGGCCAGCCCCAUUGAGACCUACUCGAAUUUCUCGCACACCGACCCCACAACACCAUUUGCGAAUGAGAAUGCUGCAGCGAGACAUCAGAGUCAACCGCAGAGAGACCAAAGGCAACAGCAGGGAACACCAGUGUCUGCCACCAGUCAUGACUCGUCUGAAUCAAGCGAUGAACAGGCUAUCGCCGAACUCCCAGAGCUCUUCUUCAAACAUAUGCCAGCGAUCCUCCCUAUAAGCAUGUUCCAUCUUCAUUCAAUCCGGAAAAAGAUCGCCGAAGGUACACUCCCUAGGCCUCUGUUGCUCGCCAUCCAAACCUGUGCGGCCCCAUUUUCAAAUCAUCCAUCAAUCUUGCGGAACUCUGUGAUGCGGUAUCUCUCUAGUGAGCCUUUUUAUAAUGAGGCUAGGCGCGCGGUUUCGAAUGCUACUUUGGUCAAAGAGGAGAAGUCUUUGGAGCUUGUACAGGCGUUGUUACUUCUUGGAUGGUUUUCCAUGGCCUAUGGUAAAGUUUCCGCAGGCUGGAUGCUUUUAUCGAUGGGCAUGAUCAUGGCAUUGACUAUGGGUCUGACACAAGAUCCAGACCAGGUGCCAGAUAGCGAGCGUCUGCCAACGUGGAUCGACCGCGAAGUCGCUCGGCGCACUUGGUGGUGCGGGGUUGUGCUCGACCGAUUUUGCGCAAGUUGGGCUGACCGACGUCCACUGUACUCUGAAAGAGCUGAAGGAUUACGCGGCAUUAAUCAAGUCGCGUUACCGUGCGACGAACGCUACUGGGUUGAAAUCGCCGAUAAACUCAAUGAAGGUGAACUCCUGGAUCCGUCCCUCAGAGGAACAUUAUUCUUUCGACAAACCCUACCCGAUGUACCAGACUGGAAGAGUCCCACUACAUUUAAGAUCCUCCUUGCAAUUGAAUUCGAGCAUGUCAUGGAUACCUUCCAGGUCCUACACUCACCAACCACCAGCGGAUAUACACCAGACGGUCUGCCAUUCGAAUACCUACAACAUCUUGACAGAACAUACGCGACCAUUGACAAGCUCUACCGCUCACUUCCUUCCUGGGUCCGAAUAGAACCUCAGAUAGACGACAACACACCAGCUGACUGGACAGAUCCAACCGAGCUAGAAUGGCUCAACAUUUAUUUUCGAGCAGCUGUAAUUGUCAUCCAUCGCCCACAAAUGAUCGCAGCACUUCAAUCGUCCCCCAAAACCGCCAUGCAUCAGCCUUCUUACCAAAUCUGCGUCAAAGCUGCUGACGACGUCACGGUUCUCGUCCGCCGUGUUAUUUGUCGCCUCCCCGGUGGCAAAGAAUACCUCGAGUCCCGUCCCUGCGAUCGCAUUCUCCUCUUGGACCAUUUUCACCCUUUUGCAAUGUGCUGCAAUUUUCAGGCGGCGUUGGUCCACGCUCUCACAGCUCACCCCGUCAACGGCAAAGAGCGAAGCGAAAAGAGCAUCGAAGCUCUUCGUGUCCACGUCCGCGCGUACGCUGCUGUGGAACCUUUUUGUGCACCGACUACGUGGAUGAGGGCUGCACUGAAGGGCCUGGUACGCAAAACCGGGUACGGAGUCAAUGUGAUGGAUAGCGCCCUCGUGGAGGACUUUUACGACGACAUACAAACUGAGUGUGCUGAGACACACAUUGUGGGCGAGCCACCGGCCACCAUUAUUAAACCUUUAUCGGCGCAUUUACGUAUGAAUGUGCAAGAGGUGGCUGCCGAAAGUGGAUGCUGCCUUUCCAGGGAGACGGUGAAGGAGAUUGACCAAUUUUUUGGCACCUAGCUUGCGUGCAGUGUCUGUAACUGCUUACUUCUAGGGAACUUUGUACAUUGCUUUGCUGAUCUGUUCAUUGACCUGGUUAUAUAUGUUGGCUGGGUGCAGGAGGAUGGGGACAGAAGGGACUGUUGUGUCUAGACAUUUAUUAUUUUUUCGGUCUCUUUCAUUAUGGAAUAUACUGUAUAUCGCCUUUGAUGUGCAUACAGCUCUGUAGUUGGCCAAUAGUCAGUAAUCUAGCAUUUGUUUAUUUAACCAGGCUUUGAAGCAACCGCCUUUUUUCACCAACAAUGUACAUAGAAUGGUAUGGCUACCCAUAGAUGCCAACCGCGCUUAUCCC